AUGUCAUCAAAGAGCACAGACAACACAGAGGUUGAAGCACAGUGGUCCGAGAAAGAAGAGAGAGCCGCUGUGAGAAAGCUUGAUUGCUAUCUCAUGCCCCUUCUAGUUGCCGGCUUCUUCGUCUUGCAGCUUGAUCGCAGCAACAUCAGCAAUGCCAUGACAGACACAUUGACCGAGGACCUGAAUAUCACCAAAAACGAUGUCAACGUGGGUUCUCAGCUCAUGUCAGCCGGCAUUGUCAUCGCAGAGAUCCCUUCAAACCUGAUCCUGCAGCGUCUCGGUGCCCCCGUCUGGCUUACCUUGCAGAUGGGUGUCUGGGGGACAAUUGCUCUGACCCAGGCCUGGUGCACCAAUAUCCAUUCUUUCCUUGCCACGAGAUUCCUACUCGGUGUCUGGGAGGGAGGCUACAUACCAGGCGGCCAGUAUAUGCUGGCUUUGUUCUACACACGUGAGGAACUCGCGCUGCGGACCGCGAUUUUUUACUUCGGAAACUACUCAGCCACGGCGAUUGGGUCUUUGAUGGCGGCCGGAAUUCUGAAUAUGGGUGGAGUAAUGUCUUUAUCUGGGUGGCGAUGGCUCUUCAUCGUCGAGGGAGCAAUUACACUUGCUGUUUUUCUUGCCUUCAUCAUAUUACUCCCACGGAGCCCCGGCCACACAUCCCCCAUCCACGGUCGUUUCGAUUUUUUCACCCCACGCCAACGACAGAUCCUCCGAGCUCGUAUCAUAGCAGAUGACGAGACCAAGGGUGCCGACAAGGCUCAUAUCACACUCAAAUCUCUUGUCGACGCCUUAAAGGACUUCCGUCUCUGGGCCCACAUGCUGCUGAAUCUCGUGGCCCUGUCACCCAAGGGCGGGCUGCAGCUCUACGGUCCCAACAUCAUCAAGAGCCUCGGCUUCUCUCGGACAAACGCUAACCUCCUAAAUGCUGUGAGCAGCGUCCUUGUCAUCAUUCUAUCUUGGCUCAUCUCCUUCGCCUCGGACAAAUCACGAUUGCGUGGCCCGUGGUGCAUGGUGGCCUUCUCCUGGUCUAUGAUUUUUGCAGGGGUGCUGUACGGUCUACCUUCUACAUCCGACAAAUGGGCACAUUACGCCGUAUUCACAUUACUUAGCGGCGGUAACGCUCUGGCUCAGGGCUUGAAUGAUGCCUGGGUGAGCAUCAACGCUCCAACUCCAUCCAAGAGAAGUAUCGGCCUCGCAAUGGCCGUGAUGGGUAGCAACCUGGGGGCUAUUACUGGCGGCCAGCUGUUCCGUGAUGACGAUGCGCCGAGAUAUACUAGGGCUUUCGUUGCUAUUCUUGCCUUGUAUGCUGGGGCCAUUCUUGUAGCUCUGUUUAUAAUUUGGAUAUACUGGCGGGCUAACAGGGUUUUGGCGAAAGGGGGGAAACUGAAGAUCCAUGGGCAGGUGAUUGAGAGACCAGCAGACGGGAGGAGACGCUUUGACUUAUGA